CCUAUUAUUCCCAAUAUAAUCUCUCUCAGUUUCCAACUCUCUCUCAUUCAUCUCUCUCAAUUUCUUUCAUUUCUUAUUCAAUCUUCUCACUUUUCAACUCUCUCUUCAAUCCAUUCCUCAAUUUCAACUUUUCAUUUCUCAAUUUCACCAAUUUCAACUUUCAUUUUCUAGGAAAUUGUUCUUCAAAAUCCAUCUGGGUCUUUGAAAAUUUUUAUUUUUUCUUUCAGUUUUGUAGUUUUGGCCAAUUGGGUCUGUGAAAAAUUACAUAUUUUUUGUUUAUCUUCUGAUUUUGAUAAUUGGGUCAUUGAUCCAUUUUUGAGAAAAAAGAAGUGUGUUAUAUAUGUAAAGAAUGUUUAGUUCUAUUAAAAUGCGUUCUACUUCAGAAUUUUCAGGUUCUUCAAUUCAUAAUCCACGUGGCAAUCAAGUUCAAUCUAUGGAAAAUUCAAGUUUUGAAAAAGAGCUUAAUUUGUUUCAAAAACAUGUAACUGAUAGAUUCAAUGAACUAUCUCAUGUUUCAAAUGAUGAAUUGUUAUCACUUUCUUGGGUUAGUAAUCUUCUAGAUACAUUCCUUUGUUGCCAAGAGGAAUUCAAGAUGAUUCUUCAUAGCCAUCGAUCGAGGGUGAUUAAUCCGUCUUUGGAUCGAUUGGUUAAUGAUUUUAAUGAGAGGAGUUUGAAGGCAUUGGAUGUAUGCAAUGCUAUUAGAGAUGGUAUUGAAAUGGUUAAACAAUGGGAGAAACAAUUGGAGAUUGUGGUUUGUGCAUUGGAUCAUAAAAGAAUCAUUAGUGAAGGGCAAUUUCGUCGUGCUAAAAAAGCUCUUGUUGAUUUAGCAAUUGGUAUGAUUGAUGAUAAUAGUAAAGAUUCUAAUAAUGUUUCUUCAUUUACAUAUAGAAAUAGAUCAUUUGGUAGAAACAAUGUUAAUCGAGGUUCGUCUCAAUUUGGUCAUUUUAGAUCACUUUCUUGGAGUGUAUCAAGGAAUUGGUCAGCUACAAAACAACUACAAGCAAUAGGGAACAAUCUUUGUUUUCCUAAAAGUAAUGAUCUUGUUGCUACUAAUGGUCUUGCAUUGACUAUUUAUACAAUGAGUUCAAUUUUGUUGUUUACAAUGUGGUCACUUGUGGCUGCAAUUCCUUGUCAAGAUAGAGGAUUGAAUGUCAACUUUACCAUUCCGCGGCAGGUAGUGUGGGCCGCACCAGUGAUGUCGCUCCACGAGCGGAUUUCAGAGGAGUCGAAGAAGAGAGAGAGGAAGAGUUCUUGUGGACUUUUGAAGGAGAUUCAGAAGAUUGAGAAGUGUGCUAGGGCGAUGAAUAAUUUGGCUGAUUCUUUGCACUUUCCUUUGAGUGAGGAAAAAGAAAAUGAGGUUAGGGUUAAAGUGCAAGAUGUGGUGAAUGUUUGUGAAGAUUUGAAAGAUGGGUUGGAUCCUUUGGAAAGACAAGUUAGGGAAGUGUUUCAUAGAAUUGUUCGCGGUAGAAUGGAAGGGCUUGAAUAUCUUGGUAGAUAGUAAUUAAAACCUUAACAAUUAUUUCAGAUGAGAUUUGAACUCUGUCUCUUUGAUGUUACAAAGUCAAAUUCUUACCACCUGAAUCAACUUGAUAGUGCCAUACCAAACAACCACAAGAAGAGGAGUUGGGAUUGUAAAUGUGAGGAUUUUUAUUUUUUUGUGUCUAUUAAGACUUAUACAUAAAAUGUUUAGAGUUUAGAUUUUGAAUUAGACCUUUGUGGUCUAUACUGUUUGAUUUUCUCUUUUGGCUUUUUGCCUUAUGAUAUUGCUUACAGUAUAAUCAAUUUUCCAUGGGAAUUGUUGCUUGUUAGUUAGAGCUAUGCCUAAUUUUGUUCAUGAUUAUGUAUCAGAUGCAUUUUCCUAUAUGACUUUGAUGUUAUGGAAGCAAGAAUGAUUUGUUGAACUAAAGUGUGAAAUGAAAAGUACAAAUUUUACA